AUGCAAUUAUUACAUCUUGCGAUCACCCUGGCUUCAAUUCCUUGGUAUGCCUUCGGCCAAAUGGAAAUACCAAAAGACCUUCCCGGAGAUGGACCAGUCCUGAAUUCGCAGGAAGUGUAUCCAAACAACUUCAUCGGGAAAUCUGCCCUAGCUCAUCCAUUAAGCCCGAAGUUCCGAUUAACCCCGGACAUGAUAUCCUUCCACCAAGACGGAGGAAAUACCCGGACGCAAGACUGGCCUGCACCCCUUGGACUUCGCCCACAGAACUAUAGCCGCGCCAUGGGAGUUCAGAGUCUCUACCUUGGUGGUGAUGGCACAGUCCUUACGAGGAUGACGUGCAAUGGGACCACCCCCUCCUUCUGCAUGGCUGUUCUUGAUCCCCAAUCUUUGGACCAUCUUGCAUUCUGGGCUCCGCAAAAUCAAACCCUGGUUAGCCCCUACGGUGCAUUUCUCGAGAAUCGCUUCGUAAUUUCGACUGCGGAAAGGUUUAUUUACGAAGUCGAAAUCAAGUUAGAAGGAAAGCAGGUGUCCAUCCAUGAGGCUAAGUUUGUCGACCUUACUUCUGUCACCAGUGGCCUUAUCGUUUCGGUCAUGUAUGACGGAGAUCGCAAUCUCUGGUUCAUAUCCAAUUCAUUCAGUGCUGGUUCAGAGCAGCCGGUUGGUGCGACCAUCGGCUUCGUGACACCGAAUGGAGAAAUUGGUAAAAUGGACGUACACGGUGAAAUGGUUGAGAACUCGCUUGCGAUUAACGGCAAGACGGCCUACGUACUUACUGGGCCUGCUGGGCCAUCUACCAAUACCAUGAGUGCCAUGGGAUAUAUGUACGCCGCUGAAGCAGACCUUGACAACCUUAGUGUCACAGUUGUGUGGAAGGAAGCGUACGAUGCGGGAAGUAGUGUCAAGCCAGGCGGACUGGCACGAGGAUCAGGUUCGAGCCCCGUCCUACUCGGGGACCAGUUUGUUGGCUUCACAGACAAUGCCGACUCCCAAGUCAAUCUGAACAUCUUCCGGCAGGCUGACGCCUUUCGACAGAAUGGCACUAGCUUUGUCUGCAAGGUGCCUCUUUUCGAGCCCGGUGCUAGCUCAAACGAGAAUGCGAUGGUCGGCUACUUUGAUGGUGAUGCAACGUAUAGUGUGGUUAUCAACAAUAACUACGGGAACCCCGGUAUGCAAGAUCCGGGAACGGAUGAUAUUAAUGGCGUUUGGAAUAGCUUUGCGUCGCUUGCACCGGGGUUGGAUCGGGUUGAUAUCUCCAAGACCGGGGAGUGCAGGGUUCGGUGGAAAUCAAGCUUUUUGUCGACCAGCGGCACACAGCUUUCUACCAAGACUGGCCUGCUGUAUGGGUAUACUCAGGACAAAAAGCUGGCUGAACAGGGGGAAUAUGUUUGGUAUUAUACAGCCGUGGACUUUGAUACUGGAGAUGUUGUUUGGGAGCAGCUCGCUGGGGUUGGGGGGGUUUACAAUAACAACUUUCAGCAUGUCCUAGUUUCACCCAGCGGCGCUAUUUAUGUGCCGGUUAUGGGGGGUGUUGCUUGGAUGAAGGACGAGUAG